UCACACGCGCGCGCGCAGACAUCGAACCCUUUCCUUUCUGGCUGCGCGCGGAUGGUUUCGGUAACCGUACCCCGCCGUCCGUUCCGCGCGCGAGCUGCUGCUGCCGCCGCCGCCGCCGUCUACGUCGUUUUUAUUAUUCUGUUUAUUUUUGUCGUUGUUUUUUCGAUCUUUUCUCCAGGAUGGUGUGAUUAACGCGCGAGACAGACCGGAGACCGGAGACCGGGCUCCCACUCGGACUUUAAAGGACCCCCCCCCCCCCCCUCACCACCCCCUCCUCCCCCGCUCUCCCCUCCCUCUCUCUCUCUCUCUCUCUCUCUCUCUCUCUCUCUCUCUCCUCUUCAUGCGCCACCACCGAACGGUCCCGAGCACCGGCAGCGCGAGCUCCACCGACACCACCACAAACUCCACCAAUGCCACUCGCUCGUGCGACUGCAGCGCGUCCCAGCAGCCGCGGGGAAUGGAGAGAUCUGAACUGGAGUUUGUUCAGAUAAUAAUCAUAAUCGUGGUGAUGACCGUCAUGGUGGUCGUGAUCAUCUGUCUGCUCAACCAUUACAGACUAUCGGCCUUCUUUAGCCGCCACCGCCGGGGCGGAGCCAUGCAGCCAAGCGGAUGUUCGUGGCCCACAGACAGUCUGGUGACACAACAAGGAGCUACAGAGGUGAUGUUUGGGCCACGGAGUUUCGAUCGCUUCGUACCUCCUUCGUUUAUCCAGAGGGAGCAGUCGAGUCGUUUCCAGCCCACGUACCCACAAAUGCAGACACAAAUUGAGCUCCCACCCACCAUCUGCCUGUCAGACGGCGAGGAGCCGCCGCCCUAUAAAGGCCCCUGCACUCUUGCCCUGAGAAGCCCCGAGCAGCAACUCGAGCUGAGCCGCGCCUCUGUGCGAGCUCCGCCCAAUCGCACUGUUUUUGAUAGCGACAUCAUGGACAUUUACGGGCCCAAGCCGCCCAGCACACACUCGGGCAAGAGUGCCUCGUACUCACGCCUUCAGGGGCAAGGACCACCACCCACUUACAGCAAUGUGAUUGGUCGAUCUUACCCAAACUUCACCUCCUCCUCCUCCUCCUCCUCCUGUUUCUUGCACCAGCACAGCAAUAACACACCACCGUCCAAUCAGAGGAAGGCGAAGGAUGGAAGACGCGACAAACCGACUUGACUGACAAGCACAGAGUGGGAGGGGCUGUGCUCUUUGGACCCUGUUCAUAAAUAUGCGAAAGGGGGUGUGGCUUCCCUCCAAGCACUCACUCCCUUGCACAAUUUAGUAAUCCAGAAAAUCGAGGAACCAAGCUUAAGUGAAUAUCACGUUUUUUUUUGUAUACUUUUUCAAAUUUUAAUUAUUUUGAUCAAACUUGUGGGCCUCGUGUGGAUGUUCAGGCUUGUCAGCGACUUCUCUGUUCCUGCUUUUUGUAUGCUUUCUUUUAUUUAAGAUAAUCAGCUCUUUUUUUUGCAGAUUGCUCAAGAAACUGCGCAGGAUGGUUGUUUUUUGUUUUGUUUUUUAACAUUCAUGAAGAAAAAUAUUCUUAAGUUCUUAACCAAUCAAAAUCCAGAUUUGAGUGCCAUGAUUAGUGAAAUCAUUACUUAAAUCUCAGUGAUAUCAUCACAAUAGAGAGAAAAAAUCUACAUUGCACUAAGUUAGUAUUUAUUUUGGGUCCAUAUUCUAAUGUUUAAGCAUAUUUUAGCAUCCAUUUCACUUUUCUUUCUUAAAACUAGGAACUUCUGAUCCAGCCUAAAAAAAAAUCCAUUACUAACCUUCAAGAUGGCACUUAAAAAGGGGUGCUGUUUAAAUUCUAUUCAUUUCUCUUAUUAAAUGUCAUUUUUCAUCCUUUCAGAAUAGCACUUUAAAACUCGCUCGCUUCAGCAUGGUCCAGAUGCAAGGGAAUCAUGGGAAACGUAGUCUUAUGCACAUCCACGACAUUGAGCACGUCUCAUUGGCUAGCUGAUCUUCUAUGCUUUUCUCAGAACCGCCUUGAGAACUGAGAACCGCUGCUGUGUAGUUUUAUAAACAGUUAGUUAUGAAGUAUUCCAUUGAUGACUUUGAAACUUUGGCAUUUUCUGUUACUCUUAAACGUCGGCCAUCUUGUCCUAGAUUGAGUGUCAGCAUAAUGUUCAGUAACAUACUCAAAACCUUUUAAGCUGUUACAAAAGUAAUGUUCCUGUGAUGUCCAGACAUGCAAAAACAACCCUCGAGCAUGGGAACGUUAGCGUCCAUUUAUACAAGUAAAAAUGUUCCAGAAAUAUUGUGUAAGAACUUCCCUCGAAAACAUUAGACUGAACCUUCUUGGAACCAGAAAUAACAUUCUGAAAAUGUUCUGCUCAACUUAAAUUGUUCCAAUAAAGUUUUGAAAGCACACGAGUUCACACUAGUUCAGCAUGCUAGCUACCAAGCUACCAUCCUAACAUGCUAAUCGGAAGACCUGGUAGAUGAAAAAGAAACAGUUGUGAACCUGAUCAUGUGACAGCACCAUUAGGCUUUAUCUUUUGAUUCAUUUAUUCAACUUGAAAGCACGCUUAGCCUAAAAUGCUGUGUGUAAUCAAACAGUAUAGUAGUUACGCAACAAUAGCUAUGCUAAUUACAGCACUGCUUUAAGGCUAACUCAGUUACUAGCCAGUGUAGAUGUUGCCUCUCUUGUUAGUAGUUCGCUAAGUUUGCUAAUAAGAUAGCUAAUGCUUGGCUAAUUCCUAUAUGUUGUAAUUACAACCAGUAGCCAGGAUUGUUACCAAGCUGGCGAUGAAUAAUCUGGGAAGAAUAGCUAAUAAAUGUAAACUUUUUGAAAUAUUAAGUGAUAAAUUUGUAACGGUUUACACUUAAAUAGCGUCAUCCUAACACACGUGUUUUUUUUGUUUUUUUAAUGGUAUCAAGUCAGUUGGAGUUGGGAGUUAGUUGAAGUGAGCUGAUACAGCAUUUAACAAGGUGUUUCGACCAAGUGGAAGUGAAAAAGGGCGUGCUAAAAAAAAUUGCAAGACAGCCAACGUACUACGCUCAGUGCGAUUCCAUCAGCUCUUACUUGCUCUUACUCAUCACGUGUGUGUGUGUGUGAGGUCCUGCUGCUGCUAUGCUAACACUCACAUUAUUGCAAAUGCUAAUGCUGCUCUCCAUCGUCUCAUGUUCAUGUGUAUUUCAUUUUUACGUUUUUUUUAAACGGUUAAUCUUCAUUUCUUUUUACUGUUACAUCCACAGUUUAAAACCUCUGAGUGUUGAUUAUACUUUGACGUUCGUUGCAUGUUUCUCUGAGCAGAUUUGGUGCCUAAAAGUUGUGGUAAAGCAGAAAUAGGAACCUUUUCACUUUGCACUCCAAACCCCAAACACCCCUCACCCUCACCCCACCCACCCUCUAAAAAAAAAAAAAAUCACUCCCCACCUUCGUUGUGCCUCACUUCCUACGGUGCUUUUUUCACAAGUCCGACUUUGUUUAUUCGUACUGUGCUGUAUAAAUAUAUAACUUGAAAAUAUUAUGCACAUAUCCUACCCAAUGGGUAGACGAAAAAAAAACCACAAGAGAACAAAUGUUAAUACUGUAAUAUAAUGUACAGAAGAUAUUACGAUGAGAAAUUUAACACGGCGGCAUCGGGUUUUUUGUGAAUGCCCUGCAAUUGUGCUUUUUGUCUUUUGUAAAAAAAAAAUAUACAAACAAACAAAAAACAAAAAAAGAGGUAAUAAAAUAAUACUACAGUAUAGUCAAAACAUAAGUUACAAAAAGUUCUUCUUAUAUUUUUUUCCUAUAUCUGCUAUGUGAUGAUUAUGAGGCGGUCGCAUACAGGACAAAACUCGCUGCUGCUUUUAUAACUUCCAGAGAAAUUAUCAUUAUUAAUGCCAGCGCUUGCCAUUUAUUUAUUUGACUUUUUAUUAUUAUUAUUAUUAUUAUUAUUAUUAUUAUUUAGUGAGUGAUAGAUGUUUGGACAUUAAAAUAACACAGAACAGAAGAGCUGUAUCUUACUUCACCAAACAGACACAAAUGGAAAGUUAACAAAUAAAGGUUUUGGAUCACA